GUUAUCUUGGUGAUUCUCUUGAGUGAUUACAGUUAUUCAAAAAGUUCUGAGUAGAAUGAAAUGAAAAAUUUUACUUUUCCUAUUCCAUGAUUACAAUGAAUGACCAGAAUUAGGAUCAUGGUGAUGAUCAUGAUGGUGAUAAGAGGACGAAAAUAACAUGAAUAAACAACCGUUGAUACGCAGCCUCAGGUUUCAAUCUCCCAAUUCCUGAAUCAUGAAAGAACAAAAAAAAGUAGUAAACCAUCAACUCUCUCAUUGAUAUAAUGUUUGAAAACGAUAACCUGAACUGAGAAUUGUGAUUAACUAUCAUAAUAAUAACUGUGUACUUUUCUUUGCGGAUUGAUAAUAGUUUCAAGAGAAAAUAUCAUUUAUAUAUAAGUUCAAAUGACGAUUCCAUUGAGCCAACGAGAAGUUGAUUGUAGUUUAACUGAGAAUCGAAACUCAAUAUUUUGCAAAAUUCUGCCUUUGGGACUUCCCUUUGAUAUUACUGAGAAAGGGAAAGAUGGGAAAUUAUAUCAGAUUCAUAUCAAAACUCAAUCAGCAGAUACGAUUCUUUAUAUCUCGGCAGUUGUUGCUGUCUAUGUAUUAGUGGUCAUCGUCCUGUUGGCCACUCAAUUUCUUGAGAGAGGAAAUCGCCAGAGUCGGAUAUCGAUGCCAUUCAAGAAAAACACUUUCCUAUUAUGGGACUCAUCGGAUGGGGCCAAUUGCUCCCUUGAAUCUAUGGACGAUGAUAGUAUUGUUGUCUGAUGGUCAGUUCAUCAACCCAAAUGACCCAAUCCACAUAUCAAUUGAAACAAACGCACAUAAACCUUAACUACCUUAGCACCAACAACGCUCACCAGCACAAUGACCAGAAAACCAAUAAUAACAAUAACUAAGGUGCCAAUUUCAAUAUCUAUAUAUACAUAUAUUCAUGAUCCAGAAUCAUCAAUAUUAUUAUCGUGAUUAUCACUGAAAACAAAUUAUUAUUAUGUUAUCAUGUUACCAUUCAUUUAUUAUCCUCAAUUGGAAAUCAUUAAUUUGUUGAGUUGAAUUGGAAAGGAAAGUUGAAAUUGAUCAGCUCAUAAUUUUACCAUUAACUUGUUAUUGACCGGAAUUACUUUGCAAUUGAUUGGGCAAAAUAAAAUCAUAUCAACAAUUAAAUCAAUCAAUUGUAUAAAAAAUACAAAUAAUACUCAACAAAGUUAUCGAUUCCUUAUUCAAACAGAAAAUUAACUUUUUUUUUCUUCUUCAUAUCAACUUGGCCUCUAAGGGUUUCAAUUGAAUGGUCAGUUUUGCUAUUCUCAAGAAAGUGAUAACUUUUAUUUCAUUAUCAUGAUAAAUGACAACAAUUAACAACUUUAUUAUUAUUAUUAUUACAAAGUGAAUUAUGAUUACAUUUGAUUACACAUGAUUUUCAUUACAAUUAAUCAGCAGUUUGAUAAUAGUAAUAUAUUAGUUGGACUUUUUGUUGUUUGUUUUGUUUAAUUCG